AUGUUAAACAUAUUUAGAGAAUUAAACGAUUAUAGUAAUUUUUUGCCAAAAAAAAUAAAGGAAAAUGUGAAUAAAGAAAAAUAUGAGUUAUUGAGUGAAAUUAAAAGAAGGGUACUCCUUAAAAAAAAUAAUUCAUAUAAUGUUACAACAGUAAUUAAGUUAUUUAAUUCUUAUGAGACAAUUAAUACAAGAAAGCAUAAAUCAUUUUACUAUUACAUUUUUAUGAUUAGAUAUUUAUGGAAAUCCUUACAAAAUAAGAAUCUUAGUCCAAACCUAAAAUCAUAUAUUUGCCAAUCACUUUCUAAUAUUUUGAAGAACAUCAAAAAAUAUAUUUUAGAUGACUUUUUUUUUGAACAUGAUAGAAAUCUGAUUAUGAAAGAUAAGGAAAUUGUAAAUUACGAUGAAGUUGAAAGUGAUUUUACAAAUAAUUCUUAUGCAGAUAUUAGUGAUCACUAUUAUUUAGAAUAUAAAAAAGUUGAUGAGGAUAGUGAAGUAGAAAGUAUUAUUAACGAAAACAGUGUGCAAAAUUUAAAUGAUUUUUACCUUUCCUUUAAUGGUAUAUUUGAAAAAAAUGAAGAAUAUGGUUCAUUUUUUAAUGAGGAAAUUAUAAUUAAUGGUAAGGAUGAAAGUUUUCGGUUAUAUAUUCAAAAGUGCAUUUUAAAUAUUAUAGAUUAUGAAUAUAUAUUUAAUUUAGUUUAUGACUAUUUGAGCAACAAUACUACUAAAAAUGACGAAUAUAGUCAUAAUUCAUAUAAAAAUUACAUUAAUUCCUUAUUAAAUGUUUUAAUUAGUUUAAAAUCAUUUUGUUAUUAUAAUAUUGAUGUACAUAAUUUACUAGUUGAUUUUUCUUUAAAUAAUAUCCAUUCUAUAAAAUAUGAAGAAUAUGUUGAUAAAAAAGGAGAAUGCUUUUAUGAGAAUAAUUAUUUUGACAAGGAUUCUAUUAUAUUCGUAAUAAAUGAUAAACUAAAUGAAAAAGUUAAUAAAAGUAUAGGGAACAAUGAUGAUGUAAAUAAUAAUGAUAUAAAUACAACUUUAAAAAAAAAUGAAAAAAUAAAUUCUAAUAUAGAUAAAUCAGUAUGUAUAAUAGAUAAUCUAGAAUUAUGUACAAGAUAUAAUACUAUAUUUUUAAAUUUUGUUCUAUUAUGUCAAUUAGGUUCGGAUGAUUUAUGUUUUAAAUUAAUUAAAUAUAAUAAACUACUUUAUUUAUAUAACAAGAUAAAGAAAUUUAAUUGGCAUUGUAUAAAUUAUUCUUUUGUUAAAAUAAUAUAUAAAGGAUUAAAAUAUGCAUAUGUAUAUAAUAUUAGUUUAAAAAAAGAAAUAAAUGAAAUGCUAAAUAUAAUUUUUUUUUUAUUCAUGUAUUAUAUAAAAUUACCUAAUAAUGUUCAACUAAAUUCCUCAAAGUAUUUUAUACCAGAUGAAUACAACUUACUAAUUAAUGAUAAUGAAAGUGUCAUAAAAGUAAUUUCUAAAAUAUUCGUUUUUUUAUUAAAUAAAAAUUACAGAAAUAAUGAAGAAAAUAUAUCAAAUAAAGAAAAAGAUCAAAAGUUGUUAGAUAAAUUUCUCUCUUAUAUAGAUGAAAAAAAUUUUAAUUUAAAUGAUUUUGAUGAAAAUAAAAAUUUGUUUUCAAUAUUUGAAAACGUUGAUACUUAUGGUUACAUAAAUAUUAUAACUUCUUUAUUUAUACCUCAUAUACAUCCAUGUAAUAUAGGAAAACACAUAGGAAAUAUCAACUUAUUCAUAAAUUCUUUCUUAUAUUGUUUUAUUAGAAAAAUGAAAAGAGAAGAAAUAUUUUUAAAAAAAAAAGAAGUAAAAACUAGUGAAAAACUCAAUGAUCAUAAAAUAGAUAAUGAUAUUGAUAAUUAUAUAAAUAAUUAUUUUAUAACAGAGGGAGACAAAAAAUUUAUUGUUGAAAAGUUUACUACAUUAGUGUUACAGGGGAUGUUUCCUAAGAAUAAUAAAGGAAUAAGCUUAUUUGAAAAUAUUUUAAAACAUAUUUGUAUUAUUGAUAUAAAUUGCUUAGAUAUUUUUGUUAAAAAAAUAAUGGAUUGCUUAUGUAAUGUUAAUAUAUCAACACAAAUCUGUAAUUGCUUAUUAUCCUUAUGUCUAUUGUUACCAUUAUUAGUUAAAUAUAAGUCUACCUAUUUAAAAGAUAUAUUAUAUGUUAUGAAUGUUGGUAUUGAUAUAUGUGAUGUAUAUAAAAGUUUUACUAUUUUUUCCUUUUUGAGUAUUUUAUUUUCAUAUAUAUCAAUUGUAAAAAUAGACAAUAUUGAUUAUUCCUUAGCCGUAAAUGAAUAUAAGAAAUUUAUACAUUUUGAGAAUAUUCAAAAAGAAUUAAAUGAUGAAGAAGUUAAAAAUAUAAUAGUACAGAGAAAGGAAUUGAUUGAUUAUUUAUGUCAAUGGGUUUAUGAAUUUUUUGAUAAAAUUUUAUAUUUCAUAAAAUUCUCAAAAAGUGAAAAAAAUAAAGAUAAUAAAAAACAAAAUGGAGAGAUUAAAGAUAGUAAAAUAGAAAAUGAUUUAUAUACAGGAUUAAAAACUACUAUUAUUUCGUUGUUUAUUCAUCUAGAUCAUCAAAUUAUAUAUGAAUUGUGUCAAAGAUUUUUAAAUAAUAUAGAAUUAGAAAAUUCAAAAUUUUUGUCUAUUAUUCCUUAUGCUAUUGGUUUAGUAAAUAAUAAAAAAAUUUUUGAUAUGCUUUUUAAUACAUUUUAUAAAAAGUUAGUUACAAAAAGGAAAAAAAAAAAAAAGUCGGACAAUGAAUGCAAUGAUGAAAAGGAAACAGAACAAGAGGUGGAAAGUUAUGUUUAUACAAAAAAUGAAUAUGCAAAUGAUGAUACUAUAAAAUGUUAUUUACUGUUUUUAUCAAAUCUAAUUCGAAGAGCAAAAAAUGAAUUUUUGAAUUUAGAAGAUAUAUAUAAUUUAAUUGAAAUAUAUAUAGUUGAAGAUAAUAAUACUAUAUUCAAAUAUAUAUGUAAAAUUAUAUAUAGAUUUUUAGAAUAUAAUUUUAGUUUAACAAUUAAAGAUUAUUCUUGUUUUAAGAUAGAUGAAAAUAUGACAUAUACAGACAAGAUACUUACGUUUGCAUAUUGGGGUAUUCCAUGGCAUAUAUUAAGUAAUCAAAAUAAAUUAAAUGAAAAUAAUCUUUUAAAAAUGGAUAAAAAUGAAAAGAUAAAUACAAAUGAUGAAAAUUAUUUUAGUAACAUCGACGAAUUAAUAAAAUGGAAGUCUCCAUCCUUAGAAGAUAUAAAAGUAGGAAAAAAUUUUAUUUUUUUACUUUUAGAUUAUUUAAUAGAUUUAUUAAUGCAAUGUGAGAUACCAAUUUGCACACCUAAUUUAAUAAAAUAUAUUAAAAAAAGAAAUAUAAAAGAAACAAGAAUUAAAUGGAAAUUUACUUUAAAUUAUUCUAAUAUAAUAUCAAGAUUUUAUAAAGUAAUAAAAGUUAUUAUUAAACCAUUAAGUUUAUUAUAUCCUGAUGAAAGAUAUAAUUAUAAUAACUUAUUAGCAAAAUGCCAUGUUAUUAAUACAAAACUAUCCUUUUAUUUAUACGUAUAUAUAUCAGAAAUUAUUAUAACUUUAUCAUUACAUGUUUUAAAAAUUCCAAAGCAAAUUAUAGAUAUAUCUCCAUAUAUAGAAUAUAACAGUAACGAUGAGAAACUAGAAAAUAAAUCAUCUUUUAGUUCUCUAAAUAGUGAAAAUAGCAUAAAUGAAAUAAAUAGAAAUAGUUAUGAUAAGCAAGAAAUAAAAAAAAUGAAAGAAGAUUUUUUCAAUAAUGUUAUAAAUAAUAGGGAAAAAGAUAUAAAAGCAGAUGCUAAAAUACAAAGGAAAAUAAUUAAGAAUAUACAUUUAUUACUACUUAAAUGUAAUGAAAAUUCUAACUCUAGUUUAUAUAAUGAAUACAUUAAUAAUGUUUUAUCAUUUACUUAUAAUAUGUAUCCAAAUAGCUACAAUUUUGAUAUUAUAAAAAAUCAAUACAUUAAUAACAUUUUCUUUUUAUUUAAUGAAAGAUUAAAACAAAGAAAAAAAAAUUAUUGUUUUCAAGGUUAUCGUAAACAGCUAUGUAAUAUUUUAUUUUUUAUUAAUUUGUCUAUUUAUUCUCAAGUUAGAUCUUAUGCACAAACUACUAUUAAAUUAAUUUUACCAUCUUUUAAAAUAAUUAAAGUUCCUUUUUUGAAAAUAUGUUCCUUUUAUUUAAAAAAUUAUAUAAAGUUAUAUAUUUUAACACAAAAAGAUAAAAAAGAAAAUAAAGAAUCAUUAAAAGAAAAUAAUGAUAAUAUAGAAAUUGAUGAUAAUGAUAAUGUGAGGAAAUUAUCUACUUUGAAGAGUUUUAGCGAUUUAAAUGCAAAUGAUUAUUUCGAAAAUAAAUGUAUAAGUUGUUUUAACGGUGUUAUUUUAAAUAUAACAAAUAGUAUGGGAUUAAUAAAGAAAAUUAUAACAGAUAUACAUUUAUUAAAAAAGUUUAUUAAAAUAAUCAUCAACAUUUUAAGAUUAGAUAUACAAAAAGAAGAAAUAACUCUUAAAUGUAUGAAACUAGUGUAUGCCUUAAUUAAUAAUAGAUUUUUUAAAAAUUCAGUAGAUGAAAAAAAAAAAAAAAAAAAAAUUAAUUACUUAUUUUUAUUUCUAAAAGAAGAAAGUGAAAAAAAAAAUAAUGUAUAUGUGCAAAUAGUAAUUUUGUCCUUUUUAAUUUGUUUUAAUAACUUUGUUAUAGAAAACAAUUCUGAAUUUUAUUUUAAUUAUUUAAUUGAAAAUUUGUCAAUUAAGAAAAACGUUCAUGUUUAUAAUUUAGCAUUUUAUGGUUUUAUAAAAUUGUUAAAAUAUUAUAAUAAUUUAAAAUUGAAUAUACCAAUUCAUAUAUUAAAAUAUUUUGAAAAAGGAACAAUUUAUCAGAAUUUUAUUGAAAUAUGCAUAUAUAAAAAUUUAAAAAGUAAAAAAAAAAAUAACAGUAUAAAUGCUAUAAUAAUAAAUUUGUCAAAAGUUCAGAAAUCAUUUAAAGGUUUUACUCAAAUUAGCGAAGUACAUCUAAAAGAUUUUUAUUGUUAUUACAUAUUUUUUAAAUUUUUAGUUAAUUUACAAAAUAAUUACAUAAAGGAAAAUACACCUAUAGAAAAUGAAAAAUGUGAAAAAGAUAUAAAUAUAAAUCAAAUAGACAGCAUUGAUCACUUCAGUAGUGAUACAAAUAUAAAUGAUAUUAGUAUAAGUAAUUACAAAUAUAAAUAUGUUGGAAUAAUAUUAUUUAUACUAAAUAAAUUACAAAAGGAUGAGCAUUCAGACAAUGAAUUUAAAUCUACCUUUAUAGCAGUAAUAUGUCCAUUACUGUUAUCAUUAAGAAAAUUAAAAAAUAAGGAAGAAAUAAAUAAAAUUUUAAAUGAUAUUAUAGAAUUAUUAGAAAAGGAAAUAGCUAUUGUAAAUAGCGAAGUAUUUAGCAUAUGGAUAUAUUAUUUUCAUUUAUUGUUUAUUAAUAUAAAAAAAAAAUAUAUUCAUAUAUAUAAUAAAUUAAUUGAAUUCUGUUUAUGUUGUAAUUUUCAUGACGUUUCUAAUUUAAUCUUUAAAAAAAAAAUGCAAUUAUUAAAUAUUAUACUUCUUUAUAGUAUGCAUAAAGAUAUGCAUCUAUUAGAUAACAAUUUAAAAGAUUUUUUAAAAUUAAUAGAUAAUGACAAUAUAACAGUAAGACAAAGAAUAGGAGAUAUUUUAUGUAACAUUUUAUAUGUAUCUUAUGAUCAUAAACAUUAUGAUCACUUAAAAUAUAUUUAUUAUAAUGUAUUAUUUUAUUUAUAUAAUAUAUCUAAAGGUGUUAUUGAAUAUUUAGUAAAUAAUGAAAAUUUAUCAAAACAAUCUAAAUAUAUAUAUGCUCUUGAAACAUUAAUAUAUUUAACAAUUACUAUGUAUACAAACAAAUGUAUAUAUGUUUUGAGUAAUUUGGGAAUUAUUUUCUUAAAAAUGUUUAUAUUAUCCGUGAAAUUAAUUGACAAUUAUAUAAAUGAAUUGAUAAAUAAAUCUAUUAAGUGCUUUUUAUGUCCAUCUUUAUAUUUAUUUAAGUUAUCAAAUAUAAAUUAUGAGAGUAUAAAAGAUCAUGGUGUUAAAUUAUUUGCAGAUCAAGAUUUAUGUAAUUUGGAUUUAUUAUUAAAAGAUGAAAUAGGAAAUUUACUUAUAAGGGAAUUGAGUAGUUUACUUAAUAAUUCUAAUUGGAAAGUUAGAAAUUCUACCUUACAAUUCUGUUAUUUAUUUCAUUCAUAUUACUGUUUGUUUAUUUAUAGUAAAAAAGAGCAUUCUUUUAUGUUGAAUAUAUUUAUAUCAUUACUAGUAGAUAAUUAUGUUGAAAUUCAAAAUUUAUCCCGUGAUAUUUUAGCUUCCGUAUUUUUUUAUUAUGAUAGUAUAGUUCUUCAGAAAUUUUCUAAUUUUUUUUUAACCAUAAUAAAUCAAAAGAACAUUUUAAUGGAUACUUCACAAAACAAUACUACUAAAAUCAUAGAAAAAAGGAAAACAGUGGCCAUUUUUGCUUUAAUUAGUAUAGUUAAUUCUUUUCCUAAUUAUAUUCCUCUUUGGCUCCCUAAUAUUUUAGUAAGUGUAGCUAAAGUAUCUAAUAAUACAGUUCACAGUAUAAAAAAAGAAAUAGAAAAAUGUAUUCAAAAUUUUUUAAGAACUCAUAAAGAUGAAUGGGAAUACAAAUAUAAACUUAUUUUUACAGAAGAUCAAUUGAACAUUUUAGAUAUGUAUAAAGGUGGCUUAAAUUACUUUACAUAA